GCCGCCGCCGGAAGCAUGGGCGCGGGCUGGGAGCUGGGGGCUGCGGCGGGGCGCUCGCUGCUGCUGUGCGCCGCGCUGCUGGUCGCGGGCUGCGCGCUGGGCCUGCGCCUGGGCCGCGGGCGGGCGGCGGCGGACCGCGGCGUGCUCGCCUGGCUGUGCUAUGACGCCCUGGUGCACUUCGCCCUGGAAGGCCCUUUUGUCUACUUGUCUUUCGUAGGAAACAUCGCAGAUUCCGAAGGCUUGAUUGCUUCAUUGUGGAAAGAAUAUGGCAAAGCUGAUGCAAGAUGGCUUUAUUUUGACCCAACCAUUGUGUCUUUGGAAAUUCUGACUGUUGUCUUGGAUGGGUCUCUGGCAUUGGUCCUCAUUUAUGCCAUAGUCAAAGAGAAAUAUUAUCGGCAUUUCCUACAGAUUACCCUGUGCGUGUGUGAAUUAUAUGGCGGGUGGAUGACCUUCUUCCCGGACUGGCUUAUGGGAAGCCCCAACCUCAACACCGACAGUUGGCUCUACUUUGGGGUCUAUCUGGUAUUUUUCAAUAGUGUGUGGGUUCUGAUCCCAGGACUGUUACUGUGUCAGUCAUGGGUAGAACUCAAGAAAAUGUAUUACAAAGGAACCAGUUCAGGGAAAAAGUUUCAGUGACUUUUCAAAAUCACAAACACUGAUUUCUUGCUUUAUAAGCCAGAAUGGAUCAACCCUUCUUGUUUGGCCAAAAUGUAAUGCAUUCCAGUGUAUACUUUCCUUUUAUAGUGUUGUUCCUCAACAGCUUAUUUCAAAUUGAUUGCAAGGUGGCAAGUCUUUGUUUUUGUUUUUGUUUUUGUUUUUCAAUUAAAUGACAAUAUGGGGAACAGAGAGUAAAUUUUAACUUGUAAUAAUAACAUCUUUAAUUAUACACUUUUAUGGCUCUAUUAAUUGUUCCACAUUAUUAAAGCCAAUUAUC